AUGUCUUCUCUACAGACCUUGGGCGGCACUUGGCUGGCGUCGCUGCUGCUGUUGCUGCUGAACCACUUGGUCCUCGGUCAAGUGUUUAUUGGUAGCAAUAGUGACGAGAGCAGCAUUCCGCUCACGCUCCCGGCGCCCGACAAAAUCUCAAGCCAGUGCAACUCGACUUUUUCCACACGCCUGACGUGUGAUACAACGCUACCUCGCAUGGCCUACGGCGGCUACUUCCCAGACACGGAAGAGCUGACACACAUGUGCCAAACAGACUGCCUUCAGGCGCUCGAGGCGCUGCGUCAGGCGCAAACAAGCCAGUGCGCCGACGACAUCUUGAUAGUCGACGGCCAGCCUGCACUCGUGACCGUGUCGGUCGACACCAUGAUGUGGGUGUACAACUACACGUGCCGUCGUGACACGCAAACGGGAGACUUUUGCGCCCCUAUUUUCGAUGCGUGGGCCAGUGACACCAACAACAACACCAGCGGCGAAGAAGGCGAACCAACAAGCAACAGCUGCUCUGACUGCGUGCUUGGGACCUACCAGCUGCAGCUUGGAUAUGCCUACGGCUACGACGAGGAGCUGGCCGCGAGCUUCAGUGCCCUGACAUCGUCGUGCGGUGCUACGGGUUACCCCGUCACGUCGCCAUCGGCCAUCUAUCUGACGGGCGGCAAUCCCACGAGCACGGCGGCCACUCCGACAAGCACAAGUCCCGAGCCUGACAAGUCUUGCGUUAGCACCUACACUGUCCAAGCCAGCGAUGUCGACUGCCACUCCAUCGCCGUAGCCCAGAGUGUGUCCCUCAACCAGUUGCUCUACUUCAACAAUCUCCAGGCAGGCUGCGCCGACUUCGCCACGGCUGCCGCGGCUGGGACGCAGCUCUGCAUGCCGCACACAUGCGAGACGUACACGGUGCAGCAGAACGACACGUGCGCAGGGCUUGUACAGCAGUUUGGAUACGCCUUCACCCAGUCACAACUCGUGGCGUGGAAUGUCGACAUCAGCCGCGGCUGCGACAACUUGGCACUGCUCGUGGGUGCGCAGAUCUGUGUUAGCUUCCCAGGAGACGUAGCCAGCACGACCACGACACAGCCUCCGCCGCAGUCGGCAACUAUUGCACCCAUUCCGACCAACGUCGUCGACGGCACCAACACGCGCUGCAGCCGUUACUACGAGGUCAAGCUCGACGAUACGUGCGCGUCCGUGUCGACCAACCAGGGCAUCGCGCUGCAAGACUUUUACUUCCUGAAUCCCGAGCUCAACACGACCUCGUGCAACAACCUGUUCCUGGGAUACAGCUACUGCGUGGCCGCCGUCGGCGACAUCAACACCUACUCGGGCUACCACGGCGGCAGCGGUCCGACCAACCCCUGUGUGGGCGGCACAACCGUCGCCGAAGCGUCCAGCUGUUAUGCCACCACGUACGCAACCACGGAUGCGUGGACGUUCCCCGUCCUAAACACCACUGCCAGCGCCACCACGACGGCGGCCAGCAACUGGACUUCGAUCCCCGUGACCCCCGUCGCCACCUAUCCCGUCACCGAGUCCGCCGAGCCGACGCCCACGCCGUACCAGGCCCAGAUGGCGACCGGCUGCACCGACUUCUACAAGGUCGUCACCGGAACAACCUGCGCGGCCAUCCUGGACGGCUUCGCCAUCACCUUUGCCGACUUUUACGCUUGGAACCCCGACGUGGGCGACGACUGCCAGUUUCUGCAGCUUGAUGUCUAUGUCUGUGUCUCGCAUGGUUCGACGUCAACAACAGCCGUGGCAACCACAAAGACAACAACAACAAGCGCAGCGACCACAAGCAGCAGCAGCAGCAGCUCCCCAGCAGCGCCUGGCCCGACACAGGCUGGCAUUGCGGCCGAUUGCAACAAGUGGAUCUUGCAGCAGGACGGCGUGUAUUGUUAUGACAUGGCCAGUAACGCCGGCAUUAACCUGUCGUGUCUGUACGAGCUAAACCCGGCGCUGAACACGGAUGCGGGCGAGUGCCAGGGGUUGUGGCCGGGGUAUGCGUAUUGCGUGGGAACGGAGGGGGGUGCGUGUUCAUGA